AUGUUGAAGCAGCCAAUUGGAAAGUUGAAGAUUCUUGAAUGCCCAAACCACAAGACCGUUUCAGUGGAAAAAACAGGACAUUCAAAUAAUAAUGUUUUCAUAUACACUAACGUUAUGAUAAUUGAGCAGCCAACUUGGACUUCAUGCAAUAAUGACAAUUGCAACUUGAUUUCGUCUGAAUCUGAGUGCAAAGUCUCAGAAACUUGUGGUUAUGAGGAGUUGACAUAUGAUAUACUAUCACAUGUUCAAGGCCAUCCUUUGGCAAUUCAAGUAUUGGGCUCAUCUUUGUUUGAUCGAAAUAUCUCACAGUGGAAAAGUGCACUGGUUAGAUUUAAAGAAAAUAAAAGUGACAAUAUUAUAGAUAUCCUGCGAUUAGCUUUUGAUGAGUUGGAUAACCUAGAGAAGGAGAUAUUUCUAGAUAUUGCUUGUUUUUUGAAUAAUGAAAAGGAAGAAUGGGUGAUGGAAAUUCUAGAUUUUCGUGGACUUCAUCCUGAAUAUGGUCUACAAAUUCUUGCUGAAAAAUCGCUUAUAACCAUUGAGGAUGGGGAUAUUCGUAUGCAUGGCUUGUUGAUAGAUUUGGGAAGAUGCAUUAUUCGAGAAAAAUCACCUAACAAACCGAUAAAGUGGAGUAGGUUAUGGGAUUACCAAGAUCUAUGCAAAGUUAUGUCAGACAAUAUGGAAUCUGUAAUAAAUCAUGAGGCUAUAGCUGUUGAGGAUUUCCUAAUGGAGUUUGAUGAAACAACAAUAAGGGCUGAUGCUAUAUCAAAAAUGAGUAAACUUAAGUUUCUCAAACUUGUCUUUUUGAACUUUUGUGGCAACCUCGAUCAUCUUUCGAAUGAGUUGGGGUAUCUUAAAUGGUUCGGAUAUCCUUUUAAGCACUUGCCUUCAAGUUUUCAACCGAACAACCUUAUUCAUCUGUCCCUACGUAAAAGCAACAUGAAACAAGUGUGGAAAGAUAAAAAGCCUCUACCCAAUUUAAGACAUUUGGAUCUCGCUCAUUCCAAAAACCUAAUCCAGAUACCAGAUCUUGGGGAGGCCCCAAAUCUUAGGUUGUUGGAUUUGAAUGGAUGUAAAAAACUCAGGCAGCUUCAUCCAUCCGUUGGUCUUUUAACAAAGCUGACUCUUUUGAAUUUGGAAAAAUGUAAAAGUCUUAUCAAGACACCACAUUUCAGAGAGAACCAAAUUCUUGAAACACUAAAUUUACGAGGAUGUAGACAACUCGAGGAGAUCAAUCCAUCCAUUGGUCUUCUGCAAAAGCUUACCUUUUUAGAUUUGGGUAGGUGUGAAAAUCUAAUAAGCUUACCCAAUAGCAUAUUGUGCCUAAGUUCUCUAGAAUAUUUGAAUCUCUCUGGCUGUCCGAAAUUGUUUAAUAUCCAGUUGUUACAUGAAGCAAGGGAUGAAGAGCAAAUGAAGAAGCUUUGUAUAGGUGAAUCUCCAAUUUGUUCGCACUCAACAUCGUCCAUCAUGAAAAGGUGGUUUAAGUCACCUUUACAUUUGUUGCAAUCUAGAGCACAUAAAGGUUCGGUGAGUCGCUUGUUGCCUUCCUCGCCUACACUUGCUUGUAUGCGUGAACUUCAUCUAAAUUUCUGCAAUUUAGUUCAAAUACCUGAUGCUAUUGGAAAUUUACAUCUCCUAGAAUCCCUAUAUUUAGAGGGAAACAAUUUUGCCACACUGCCAAGCCUCAAAAAGCUUUGGAAGCUGUACUAUUUAAAUUUACAGGAUUGUAGGCAGUUGAAAUAUUUUCCUGAGCUUCCUUCGCGAACUGACUUGUCAUCAGAAAGAUACCAGUACCCAGAGUAUUUAAAUAGGGAUCUUUAUGAGAUAAGAGAGCAUUUGAAAUUUGAAGUUUACAAGUACAAGGAAGCAGGAUUAAAUAUUUAUGGUUGUCCAGAACUAGUUGAGUUGGAAUGUUGCACUAGCAUGGCAUUUUCAUGGACGAGACAAAUUCUUGAGGCUCAUUACCAAUACAAACGUCCGUGUUUGUCCUACAAUGAUGUGUUUCCUCUACGCAUUGGAAGUGUUAUUGGAGGAAGUGAUAUACCUAGCUGGUUCAGCAAUGAGUGCGUAGGCAUAAGUAGUUUAAUAACCAUAGAUAAAUCACCUCUUAUGCAGAAAGGCAAUAAUUGCAUUGGUCUUGCUUGUUGUCUAGUAUUUGGACCUCCUUCUGGAAUAAUGGCUCAUCCCGAAAUAGAAUCAAAUCAUCAUUUUCGUGCUGAGAUUCCGUUGUUUUUAGGAGAAGAUCAAGUCACUAAAGAUCACUUGUGGUUGUUCUAUUAUGCUUUACCACAAUCCUUGUUGACGUGCAGGGAUCCACAUUGGAAAUUGGAAAUUGAGAUAACAAACAUUGAAAGUUGGACUUUUGAGGUGAAAAAAUAUGGGUAUCGUUGGCUUUAUGAUAAACACCUAGAAGUAUCAAACUUAAUAAUGAUGCCGAGUCCAAAUUCGUGAGCUUGGAAGCACAACCUUUUGGCAAUUGAGGAAACCAAGUACCAAUUGCAUAUUUCUGCUACACUUCCAUCAUAUAGAAGCAUUGGAGGCAUCAUGGAAUAUGUAUGCAAGAUUAGUAUCAAUAGACCAAACAAGGAUUCACAGUAAAAUUGCAAUUCAUAAUAACUCCAUGGAUAUCUUUACAAGUUGCACUUAGAUGAAAUUUAGUGCUAAUUUUUUUGAUUACAAAUGGAAGAAAUGCUCUUGGUCUUUUUUUUUUUUUUUUUUCUUUUUUUUUAAGAAAUGUAAAGCAUAUUAAAGUUGUUCCAUAAUCAAUUUCCACAUCUUGCAUGUUGGGAAAAGAAACCUUCAAACAGCGGAAGUGCACACACAAAAAUAGAGAAACAAAAACAAACUCAGAAAUUAACGUGGUUCGACACUUCUUACUUACAUCCACAAACACACUCUGCAAAUUAUUUUAUUUCUCUCCACUUACAAUUUUUACAAGUACAAAAUUUCAAACCCUCUCAUUCACAAGUUUUCUGGAAAAACUUGGAAACCUUCAUACACAAGUUUUCUGG